GUUGAUUAUUAAUAUUUUUAAAAUUUUACCGCGGAGCCGUGUUCGAAGAGGCCGACGUCGUCGACGAUUUAUUUUCACUCAAAAUAUGGUUCUGUAAUCAUUUAGUUUUAAUCUAACGUAAAGACUCUAAACUCAAAACAACAAUGAAUCCUUCCGAUGAGUGGGAACUUAGUAAGGAGAACGUUCAGCCGCUGAAACACGGGCGGAAAGUGACCAGUUUGACGACCGCUUUGCAGCCGCACAACGUUGAUCAACAUCAGCAACUGAUCCUGCAACGACAAGCCAAGGAAGCUGCCUUACGCAGCUACACAGGAGAGGAUCCCUUAGAACCCUGGGAUGAUUACAUCAAGUGGACGGAGCAGGCCUACCCCAACGGAGGCAAGGACAGUAACUUCCAAGUCCUCCUGGAGAAGUGCCUGAGCAAGUUCAAGGAUGAGGCGCGCUACAAGAACGACAUCCGCUAUGUCAGCUGCUGGAUUAAACUGGCCAACCACUUCUUCAACAACCCCCUGGAGAUAUUCCAGUUCAUGCGGGACCAGUCCAUCGGCACGGAGCUGAGCAUCUUCUACGAGGCGUGGUCCUCGGAGCUUGAGCAACAUGGGAACACCAAGAAAGCCGACGCUGUGUACAGGGAGGGGCUUGCCUGCCACGCCCAGCCCAGGGAUAGGCUGGAAGCGGCACACAGAGAGUUCCAGUCGCGUGUUGCCAGGGCAACAAUGAGCAAGAUCCAGGAGGGAGUAGAGGCCGCAGGGAUCCAAGACGAGCAACGGGAGCAACUGGGUGAGCUGAAGGCCAAAGGUCGCCACCAGAAGGUCAGCAGUCAGAGAGUGGGGUCAGCAAAGCAAGUAAACAAAGGGGGACUCGGCAUUGCACCGGCGACACAGCAAAUUGGCCGGUCCUUCGCAGUGUUCUGCGACGAUGAGUCAUCGCAGUCUGGUGCCGGCAUCGGUCAGCCGUCGCUACCGGCCCCGACCGGAGAAUGGGAACACAUACCGGUCCACAGAGAAACACAGAAGGAGAAUGUGCGAGAGGCAGGCCCCUGGGCUGGCCAGAAGGUUCGUCAGCAAAGGAGCGGUGGGAUUGGGGUCAGCCAGCUAGCCACCUUUGCCCAGCCGUCAUUCAAAGUUCACGUGGAUGAGACGGCUCCAGAGAUCACGACACCUCGGAGGAUGCCAGAGACGGGCAGUCAGAUACUUAGCGCUCGCAAGCCAGAGAAACCCUCCAACCUGCUGCAGAAUAUAGCCCAGCAACCAGUGGGUGAUGAUAAGACCAAAGCCAUGUACUGCAAGCAUCUGAUCUACAACGGAGCCACUGAGAUGUCAUUUGAGGAGCUGAGAGCGAUCAAGUACAACGCCAGACGCGAAGCAAGGAAACUGGAAGAGGAGAGAGCAGCCCUUGAGAGGCAGCGUGCUGAGUACCAAGCCAUGGUCAGACAGCAGCAAGAAGCCAUGGAGCAACAGAUACAGCAACAACGGCUAAUGCACCAACAGCAGUUGGAAGAGCAGAGACGGGUCCAGCAGCAAAUGCAGCAGCAGAUGCAGCAGCAGUUACAACAGCAGAUGGAGCAGCAGUUACAGCAGCAGAUGGAGCAGCAGUUACAGCAGCAGAUGGAGCAGCAGUUACAACAGCAGAUGGAGCAGCAGUUACAACAGCAAAUGCAGCAAAUGCAGCUGCAACAGAAGCAGCAACAGCUGCACCAACAGGCUGCGAUACAGCCUCAGCAGAUUCCAAGCCGACAGCAACAAACGCGCCCUUUGCAGCAGGCAGUGCCAUUGUCCCAUGAAACUGGCCCAACGGUCCCUCACACCAAGAAACCUGAUGGUGAACUGAGGGAUCCUACAGUCACAAGGCAGCUAAUGUAUGAAGAGACUGGCAAUCAAGCCCAUUGGAUGAAUGCAAGCAACAGCUCAGCACCUCGCCAGCCGACCCCUUCAUCCAAUCACAGCAACGUCAGUAACCUCAGCACCAGCCAGAUAACCCCGGGAUCCACCACCACCGCCGCCGCAACGAGCUUCUCUGCCCCCAACGUCUCCCAAUCACGCACCCCCGUGGAGCUCCACGGUGCCCCCACGCCGGGCUCCUCCCACUCCCGCAACGCCUCCGGCUUGAAUCUGAGCCGGCUGAUGACCCCUAGCCACACCCCGGGGUGCCUGACGCGCCCCUCCCCCACCGUGCACACCAAGGAGGCCAUCAGUGUGGUCAUGGACAUGCUGAAUAAGCCCCUAGGGGAUGAUGAUGACUUCAUGUGGGGGGCCAGACACCAGUUAGCCUCCGCCCCGAGUGACAAUGAUUUUGAAGCCAAUUUCGCUAACACUGAUUCCCACAAGUCUCAGCCACAGUCUUUCCCAGACUUCAGUAGCACCUCAAACAGCGGUGUAUUUACCGCCGCGAGCAAGGCAACCCCUUCCGGUCCAGCAUUCACCAUUUUUAAUGAGUCCGAGCCGCCUAGUGCUGUGGGUCGUCAGGCCAGUCAGGAUGAUUACGACCACCUUGACAAUCAGGAAAACAUGCCGCCCAAGGAUUUUGUCAAGCCGAGACCUGACGACCGACAGAAGCUUGGAAUCCUGCAGCCCGCCCAAGGAAUCCCCUUCAUGUCCUUGGAGGAUCAAGAGAGAGCAGCUAGAGGAGAGGAUGAGCAGGGAUUGCCUGAAGAGAUGGAUGUCAUGGAUGGUGUGCAACCCCUGCCCAUCGACGGAAGCAACCACCCCAAUCCGUCCGACUUGACGGCGCAACAUGCCAUCAACGAGACCAUCCUGAACCACCAAAACGCCCACUCCGCCUUCAAGGCCGCCUCCCGCAUGGCCUCUACCCCCUUCACCUCCUCGGGCGUCCUGUCCUUCCCACCGCUCAGCUCCAUCAAGCCCUCCCUGUUGGGGGCACCGGACAUCGAAGACGCCACCCUCCUCCAGGACUCUUCGGCGAAGGUUGACGUUGGCAGACCGGCCCCGUUAGCCAGUCGCAUCAUAAUGGCCAACACCAUGGAGAGCUUUGACGCUACCGAGUGCACAAUGAAUGCCGACAGUCAACAGAAAUUAAGCCCCAUCAUGGAACGCAGCAAUGAAGACGCUCGCUCCUCAGCCUCCAGCAGCACCAACUCAACGGGCUCCUCUCAUCACUGCUCCACAACCCAUGCUAGUGCGUCCUCUGUGCACCAUACUGCCCUCUCCACUGUCCAGGCUGGGCUGUCUGCCAGUUUUGACCCCCCGUCUACCACUUCUGAGGCUCGCUCCACCUCUCAAUUUGGCUUCCCUUCAACUUCACGUGGCAUCCUCACAGAUGCUAGUGGCUACUCUACAACCCAUGCUGGUGCAUCCUCUGUGCACCCUAGUGCCCUCUCCACCACCCAGGCUGGGCUUUCUGCCGGUUUUGACCCUCCAUCCACCACUUGUGAGGCUCGCUCUACCUCUCAAUUUGGCUGUCCCUCAACUUCGCGUGGCAUCCUCACAGAUGAAAGUGGCUGCUCUGCAACCCAUGCUGGCACGUCCUCUGUGCACCGUACUACCCACUCCACCAUUAACGGUGGGCUCUUUGGCAGUUUUGACCCUCCAUCCGCUACUUGCGAGGCGCACUCUACCUCUCAGUUUGACUUCCCUUCAACUUCGCGUGGCAUCCUCACAGAUGCCAGUGGCUGCUCUACAACCCAUGCUGGUGCAUCCUCUGUGCACCCUAGUGCCCUUUCCACCAUCCAGGCUGGGCUCUUUGCCAGUUUUGACCCUCCGUCCACCACUUAUGAGGCUCGCUCUACCUCUCAAUUUGGCUUUCCCUCAACUUCGCGCUCUGCAACCCAUGCUGGCACGUCCUCUGUGCACCAUACUACCCACUCCACCAUCCAGGCAGGGCUGUCUACCAGUUUUGGCCUUCCAUCUACCACCUACAAGGCUCACUCUACCUCUCAGUUUGGCUUCCCUUCAACUUCGAUGGUCAUCAUCCCUGACGCCAAUGGUAGCCUGUCGACCAAACAUCAAGCCACUCCAAACGAUGGCCUUGAUACCUCAUCUACAUCCAAACACAUUUCAGGGGCUGCAUUGCAGAAGGACAACUCCACUAGCCUUUCCACUGUCGGUCCCACAUCCUUCAAUACGAGCAAUAUCCUACUCUCUACCUCUCAAAGUGGUUUACCUGCUACUACCACCAGCUUCCGCUCAGCCCCACCCAUGACCCCCUCUCUGAGUAGUCCACCAUCAACCAGCCUGAACAACUUGGACAUGAGCCACGUCAGUGUGCGUCGGGGCAACGGAAAUCACCACACCAGGAUGGAUUGCACAGAGGUGCCCAGUGAGCAGAGUCCAGACACCGGAGCCCUCAGUGUCGCCGGUGACUUCAUUGAUCCCUUCGCUGAUGAAGUGAAGGCAGAGAUGUUGGACAGCCUUCCAAGACAUCUGAGUGAAUACGAUGGCUAUGCUGAGUGUGAUUACCCCAUGCCAGAACUGGUGCUGAGUGAGGCAGUUGGAUUAGGUGAUGAGUGGUACACCAUUGAUAAAGUCACCGGAGAGGGAGCGUUUGCCAAAAUCUAUCAGGCGUCAGUCCUGACCCUUCACACUGCCGACUUCAGCAAUCCCCUCAGUGGGGAGAACGAUAAGCUGGUUCUCAAGGUACAGAAGCCGGCCUGCCCCUGGGAGUUCUACAUCAGUCGCACGCUGCACGAGAGACUGGACUCCAUCAGGAACCCGGUAGAUGUGAGGGCAUCAGUCAUGUAUGCCAACAACAUGCAUGUCUUCCCCGACGGCAGCUGUCUGGUCACCAAGCACCACCGCAACCUGACCCUCCUGCAUGCCGUCAACGAGUACAACAAAUCCAAGAUGGUCAUGCCCGAGGAGCUGGUGCUGCUCUUGACCAUUGAGAUCCUGCACGUGGUGGAGCAGGUCCACGCCUGCGGGAUCAUCCAUGCGGACAUCAAGCCUGAUAACUUCCUGCUCAUUCUGGAUGAUGAUGGUGAUGAUGAUGACACUGACGACAACCCAAGCGGCCCGGUCAUGACCAACACCAAGCACGUGAAACUUGUCGAUUUUGGCCGCAGCAUCGAUAUGCGAUUGUUCCCGCAGGGCACCACCUUCAUGGCUACAUGCGACACGGACGGCUUCAUGUGCCCUGAGAUGCAGACGGGCAAACCGUGGACAUAUCAGACUGACUUAUUCGGCGUGGCAGCGACGGUGCACUGCCUGAUGUUUGGAUCUUACAUGAAUAUAUACGAGGAGAAGGGACGCUGGAAACAUACUUCCAAUGUCAAGAGAUGCUACAAGGCUAAAUGGAAGCAGUUCUUUGACACCCUGCUGAACAUCCCCAGCUGCGACACACUGCCGUCUCUUGUCGAACUGAGACGGGAUCUGGAGGAGAGUCUGGCACAGACCAGUGCCAAUCUAGACGCCAAGAUCAACAAGCUUGCUUCCAUGCUCUUCACAAAAUAGGAAUUCCCCACACCUCACCCUCCACCCCCACCCCUCCACCCCUACCCCACCCCUCCACCUCCCCUCCACCUCUCCCCCUCUGUAGAUUGCAAAUGUUGAUCAACACUGAAACUCCUUAGUCUGAGGUCAUUAGAAAUCAGUAAUCAGAAUGACAUACAUGUACAUAUGUUACUUGAAACGUUUUAAAGGCUCAGGAUUAGAUCGUGGGUUCAGAGAAACUUGCACUAAACCAAUAUAUUGGUUUAGUGCAAGCUUCUCUGAACAAACGAUCCUCCAAUGGGCAGUGGUGGCGACUUGCAUCUCUUCCUCAAAAAUAUUGUGAAGAAAACACCAAGAAGUGUUGUUAGCCAAUGGCCAUGCACUUUCAUGUACUUUGUGUGGGUUUUGUAUAUGUGCAAGUGGAAAUGUCGACCCCAGUAUAUCGUUUAAGCUGCCUUUCCAUAUGCGUGAUUUCCAUCUGUUUAGUUUCAGUUGCACAUUGGAAACUGGUAAGCCUAACUAUGCAACAAACUGAAAAACCGAAAAUGUGGCUUAAACAAAUUUUACCAUUUAUUAGAAGCUAAAAUUAUUUAGAAGUUGCUGGACUCUCUCAUUAGGUUGACUUGAAGUUGCUGGUCAGAUUUGUAACUUUGUAAGAGAUUAAGGCUGAAUGUACGUUUUCAUUGCAUAUUUUGGAGGAUUUAGGACUGUUAGGGUUAAGGAUCGCAGUAGAUUUUUGUUAACAUCUUGUUGACGCAGUGUAGGCAUCCAUUAUAACUUUGCCAAGUAAAAAUCAUACAAAGUUGUUUACAUGUACUCGUUUUUAUUUAUACUCACACGUUAACAUUUAGUUUUGUCAAUAAAUUGUUUCCAAGACAUACAGUAUAGUUGGUUUUGAAUGUAGAUUUCACAUUGUAGAAAUUAAAUUUACCUUGUGGGAGCUUUUAAUUGUGCAUUGACUAAUUAAUAUGAACAAAUGAUGUAGUGAAUUUCAUGACAGUGAUAUUACAAUUGGAACUGUAGAUAGAGAACAUGGAAUGGACUAUUAACUGUAUCGGGUACCCGAGUGUCCUUUUGAUGCAUACAACUUCAGAGAAUGAUUGUAAACUAUUGAAAAUAGCAAACUACGACCAAUCGUAGAUGUACAGGGUGUAUAAAAAGAUAAUGGAUUAGUAUGUUAAAAUUAUGAUCACUGUCGGAGUGCGGUUGCAUCUAACAUGAAGGUUUAUCAGCUGUUUUUCCCAUCGCGGUACCUUACUUAUCCAUUCAGUCAUGAAUGACCAAGUGCCAUCAUUCCGAUACAAACUGAAAACCUUUGCCAAUUCGAUCUUAAUAGUGAUGGAAUGAGCUGUCCAAAAAUACGCAUCCCUGUAGGCCUCCCCUUCCAACAGGGGUACCAGUUUUCAGUGCUAUUGCAUAAAUUCAGGUGUAUUUUUUCAUGUUUGGGAGAAACAAACUCAGGUAAUUCAUCCCUUCACAGGCCGGAAAAAUAAAUCAUCACGAGUGAUGCGCGCGCAGAGCAAAAAGAAAAAGAUGUGCAUGCAGUGCUCCGUGGCAAUCACCAUGCUACAUGUGUGUAGCUCGAUGCGCCAAUGCCUGACUUUUAAGUUCAAUAUAGACAUACAUGUACAUUGUAGAUUCACUUGUGUAGUAUUGCGAUCGUUUUGGGCAUGGGUGCCCACAUUUUUCAGGCCUUGGGGCAAAAACCUAAUGGCAUCCCUGUUAAACAAAAUCCAGUUAGCACUACAGUUCUUAAGUUUAACAAACUUUAAUUUGCCAUCAUCUUCAACUUACCUUUUUGAUACACCAUUUACUUUAAACUGAUUGGAAAACUUUGGUAUGCUUGCAUUAAAUUAUCUCAUGAAUGACCACCA